AAAAUGGAUUAGAUAAAAUAAAGGGAAAUGGAUUGGAUAAAAUAAAGGGAAAAAGGAGAGUUGUCGUGCUUGGCUUGGUGGAAAAAUCUCCAACUAUUGAUAGUAGAGAUCAAAUCUCGUUAUUUUUGGGUACAUGAAAAUCAUGCUUGUACGGGGGGAGGGGGAAGUAAAGGAAAAAUAGAAAAAACAAAUUGAAAAACAGCAAUGGUACCAUUUGAGGUCAUCAGAGAAUCUUUGCCCCUAGAUGUAGACCUGGAUGCCACAAAAAUGUAGAUUUCUCAGCAAUGGCAGCUCUUCUUAGGUGCUUCAAUCCAAUCUUCAUACUGGGUCUUCUUGGAAGAGGAACUUAGACCAAGAAUACUUAUUUCCCCACUUCAAAAACACUAAACCAUUGCAAUCUAGUCAAAUCCAUGGGCUGUUGGAAUCCAGAUCACAUUCAGUGUGGCCUAAUCAACUUGGGAUCAAAUUCAGUGUGACAACUGAAUCCUAUUCAGUAUUCAUUCUUUUCGUAAAGAACCUCAACAGUCUUAUCAUGUAAGAGCUAUUGUUAUCCUUUUAUUGUUUCGUUUCUGACCUCUUUUGAAGCUUGAAGCACUUUUUGAGUGAACCGAUGGCUAGAACUGUUCUUUCCUCGAUAGGAGAAUUUGCUGAAAUGAUCAAUUGGGAAAGGUCUCACUUGGAAACUGUCGAUUGCGAAGUCCAGUUGAUCUGCCGUGAACUUUUGGCUAUGAAGAUAUUCCUAAACGAUGAAGAUGGAUUCGCUGAUAAAGAAGAAGUUGAAAGAUGGCAAGAUUUGCAGGAAAUCGUUAAUGAUGCAGUAGCCGCCAUUGUGCACUACGUACUCAGGACAGCAAGCAGCCGGAAGAGGAAGCCAAUCCUUAAGAGGUAUGCCAGCCCCAAGGAUUCUAAAGUUGAUGAAAGCUUUCGGAAAGAGAUCACACAGAUAUCAGGGAGGAUCAAGAGGUUGAAAGCGAGGUUUGCAGAAACUUUGAGUCAUUAUUGGGGAGGAAAGUCAUUCAACCUGUCAGACUUGAUACGUUCUUCUGUUGAUAUUGAUGAAGAAGUAGAGGAGGAUCCUAGUAGCAAUGUUGUUGGUUUGAGUAUGGACAAAGAAGAGUUGUUGGACAAUGCUCUCCCUAAGCACCAAAUAAUAUCAAUUCUUGGAAUCCAAGGCAUUGGAAAGACAACACUAGCAUGGGAGAUUUAUAAAAGCAGUUAUGUAAGAAAACAUUUUCAGUGUAAAGCCUGGGUUUGCAUCUCUGCAAUGGACGAUGAUUUGAGUGAGAUUUGGAAGGAUAUUUAUAAGCAAAUUAAUGAAUUCCAGCAGGAUAAGAGGUAUCUCAUAGUAAUUGAUGAUAUUGGUAACCCUCAAGUCUGGAGAAAACUGCAAGAAAAAAUCCCACAAGGUGGACCUGGAAGCAGGAUUAUCCUCACAACUCGGGAUGCAGGGGUUGCUUGUUCUGCCCACUACUUGCACCGAUCGAAGGUAUUAAGCAAAGCAGAAAGCUGGGAGUUGUUCAUGAAGAAGCUAUUCAUAGCUCCCUGGCGACUUGGCAAUACAAGAGACAAGGACACCACAACAGAGUCUCUGUCUCCCUUCCCUCUCUCUCAUGAGAUGGAAGCCCUUGGAAAAGAUAUGGUGGAAAAAUGUGGAGGUAUCCCCAAUUUAAUUAUAAAAUUGGCAAAAUUGUUGUCCACUAAAGAUCCAAACAUUGUGGAGUGGUCAUGUAUGCUCCAUGGUACCGAUGCACGUCUCAGUCAAGACCAACACCCUUGGUUUAACUUGUCAUACUCUGUUUUUGACAUCCUACCUAUACAUGUGAAACAGUUCUUGCAUCUCUUUCCUAUAGCGAAAAAAAUCCCUGAAAGGAGGUUGAUUCUGACAUGGGCAAUAGAAGGGGGUCUCUGGCAGCAGAGCAAUUCUGUAAUUCCUGGUGAGGAAGCAGCAGCUAUGAGGUGGAUGCAAGACUUGCAAGAUCUCAACUUAAUUCAGGCCAUCAACAAAAAUUCUGCUGCGAUAGCUAAGGUAUAUUGUAUUUCCCUUGAUCUUCCACUGGUUCAGAUCUUAAAAGCUGGUGGUGUCCUUGAAUCUUCUCAUGAUGAUGAUGGUAAGUUCUGCAUUCAUAGAAUUGCCGAUCAUUGUAAUGGCGAGGACCCCUAUUGUCGUCCUAUUCACAGUAACAUAAAUUCUCCUCAUGAACUAGAAACUUACCAAGCUCUCCGUUCUUUAUGGUGCUUCAAUUAUCCUGUUGGAUAUAAACCAGGGCAAGAAGUAGGGAACUUUCUUAAGAGAUGCAUCCAUAAUAACCACUUAUGGUUUCUCAGGGUUCUUGAUCUUGAGCGUGUGUAUAAACCAAGUCUACCUGAAGCAAUAGGAGAGCUAAUUAACUUGCGUUACCUUGGGUUAAGAUGGACUUUCUUGGACAAACUGCCCUCAUCUGUUGGCAACUUGCGUAACCUUCAAACUCUAGAUACAAAACAUACCGACAUUGUUCAUUACCCUACUAUUCGGAAUAUGCAAAAGCUGCAACACCUUUACCUGAACCAGAAGCACCACAGUGUACUCGUUACACAAUUUAGUUACUUGAGUGACCUCCAAACUUUGUCAGGAGUUGUUGUUGAUGAUGAUGAUUGGAAGGAUGGUCUAUACAAGUUAACAAAACUUAAAAAACUGAGAUUGACAUGCCAGUUAAGUCUGCAGCAGAAAGAAGUAAUGGUUAAGUGGAUUGGGGAACUGGAAAACCUUGGAAUGUUAAGGUUGACAUCCAAAGAUGCAGAGUGGGGACAACGGGGUGAACCGGCGACUUUAAGUUUGUUGAGGCAUAUUUUUAAACACAAGCAACUCUCUCGGAUGUAUUUGCAGGGACGGUGGGGAAAUUUAUAUCACCACCAUGAUUUUGGGUCGAACCUCACUGCACUCACCUUGUCUCUAACCCAACUAGACACAGACCCAAUGCCAAUACUGGAGAAGCUACCGAAGCUAAAUCUUCUUAGGUUGUUCUCAAAAUCCUUCAUUGGCAAGCGUAUGCAAUGCGUAUCACAAGGAUUCCUUCAGCUUCGAGUACUGAAAAUUUGGAGGCUAGAGAAACUAGAGGAGUGGAUUGUGGAGGAUAAAGCAAUGCCAAAUCUUAAGGAGUUAGAGAUCAGAUCCUGCAAAAUAUUGAAGAUGCUGCCAAAUCUACCAAAGACCCUCACUGAAUUGAAGUUAACUGAAAUGCCUAAGCAAUUCACCAGUAACAUUGUUAUGGGGGAUGGUAGUCUGAAGGUUGCUCACGUGAGUUCUGUUAUCAUAGAAGUUUGGUCGCACUUUGACACUUCAAUUGAGCUUUAUACUGGACAAAAUCGUGUCUUUCAGGAGCCACUAGAAAAUUUAAUUGAUCUCCAGGAAUUCGCAGUAAACCUCACUAGCCUCACCUUGUCUGAGACUAAAUUAAAACAAGAUCCAAUGCCAGUGCUAGAGAAGCUACCCAAGCUAAUGGUCCUUGUCUUAUCAUCCAAAUCCUUCACGGGCAACCUUAUGGUUUGCUCAAAAGAAGGAUUCAGGAAACUUCAACAGUUAACUAUUCGGGAGCUAGAGGAGCUGGAGGAAUUGACUGUAGAGAAUGGAGCAAUGCCGAAGCUUGAAGAAUUGGAAAUCAGAUCCUGCAAGAAAUUGAAGCUGCUCCCUCAAAUACUAGGGACCGUUAAGGAAUUGAAAUUGGCCAACAUGCCCAAGGAAUUCACUGAAAAGUUUAAGGCUAACAGAAGGGUCAUUGUAGAAGAUUACUAGUUUACAUUAGCUCUGAAUUUAUGGUUCUCAGGUACCGUAUUUGGUGCUUUGGACCUCAACUUAGAAUGGUACCCUAUGAGGUAACCAAUGGGGUUGGUAGCCUAGUGGUGAAAAUGUCCUCAAUCCAUCACCGUUCCAGCUGGCUGGUUGUGGGUUCAAGUCUUGGCAUGUCCACUAUCGCCCAUUGAUCCUGUGGAAGGGCCGCUUACUGUACGGGGGCUUGUCUUGGGGACACACAAGCCACAGACUUUCACGAUUCUUUUCUUGUUUUUGGAUUGAGAUACUUAAGUUUAAUGAGCAAGUUUUUUACCUCGUA